GAACUGGGUCCGCCGCUAUCAAUCUCAACAAGAAUGGAACUAUGCAGCGUACUCCAAUCACCGGUUUCUAUAAAGUAUCCUUAAUGAAGAUGCUUUGCUCCCUUGGACAAACACCAUCAACCUAUGGACUCCCCCUGGAGGGUGCAGUUUCUCUUGAUGAAAUUAGAAAGAAGGCGGAUAGACCUGUCGUAGUAUUCCCAGAAUGUACUACCAGCAACGGACGAGGUCUACUUCGCUUUGCUGAAGUCUUUGACCCCGCCACCCCAAUUCCUGUCAAACAGUAUAACGUGUUUAUCAUAUACGAUUCUCCCACCCACUGUAAUCCCACUGCUACUCGCUCAAUUCCUUCUCCCAUUCCAGUCCCUCUUCCAGAGCCACUCAUUCAACUAUUGACCAUUCCAUUUGAGCCUUCACCAUUGAGCAUCCGACUUUUGCCCCUUUCUGAGAGCCCUAGCGCCGGUUCUUUCUUAUCUAGUGACAUUUUCGCUGCUGGUGGAGUGCGAGACACGCUGACUGAGGCGUGUUCUGUGUUG